AAAUUUUCGAACACCGGCAGUCCGGCAGCAACAAGGUAGGAGCAUUUGGCGCCCGCCCCUAUAAAUACACCCGCCUCCGGCUCAACAUGCCGCCUCCUGCCCGCGCCCGCGCACUCCACCCCCACUACCCCGCCUCCUCCUCCUCCUCCUCCUGCCCGGUCCGGCCCGGCGACGACGACGACUGCUCCCCCGCACGGAGUUCAUUUGAGUAAUAGUUGACCAAAGCAGGGUAUAAUGAAGAGAGUGUCAUCGCAUGUCUCCAUUGCCUCAGAGGCAGAGAUCAAUUUUGAUCUCUCGCGCUUACUAAUUGACAAGCCAAAGUUCACACUGGAGCGUAAGAGGUCAUUUGAUGAACAGUCAUGGAGCGAGCUCUCACAUCGGCAUAAUGAUGGCUUUGAUAGUGUGGCGCAAUCACCUGCAUUCCGCAAUGGUUUUGAGUCACCAUUCUCAACCGGAACACACUUCGGUGAGCCAAGUGGACCGCACCCCCUUGUGAAUGAGGCAUGGGAGGCACUCAGGAAAUCCGUAGUGCAUUUUCGUGGCCAACCUGUGGGUACUGUUGCUGCGGUAGAUCAUGCAUCUGAGGAGGUGCUCAAUUAUGAUCAGGUUUUUGUACGGGAUUUUGUUCCUAGUGCAUUGGCUUUCCUAAUGAACAACGAGCCUGAAAUAGUGAAGAACUUCCUCUUGAGAACUCUCCACUUGCAAAGCUCAGAAAAAAUGGUAGACCGGUUCAAGCUAGGAGCAGGAGCAAUGCCUGCAAGUUUCAAGGUGGACCGUAAUGUAAACAGGAACACUGAAACAUUAGUUGCAGAUUUUGGUGAGAGCGCAAUUGGCAGGGUGGCACCAGUGGACUCUGGAUUUUGGUGGAUUAUUCUCCUUCGGGCAUAUACAAAGUACACUGGAGAUGUUAGUUUGUCAGAAUCACCUGAUUGUCAGAAGUGCAUGCGGCUUAUACUGAGUCUUUGCUUAUCUGAGGGAUUCGAUACUUUCCCAACUCUGCUCUGCACUGAUGGUUGCUCAAUGAUUGAUCGUCGGAUGGGUAUAUAUGGUUAUCCUAUUGAGAUCCAAGCUCUCUUCUACAUGGCAUUAAGAUGUGCUCUCCAAAUGCUCAAGCCGGAUGGUGAAGGGAAAGACUUCAUAGAGAAGAUAGGGCAGCGACUACAUGCAUUAACCUAUCACAUGCGAAAUUACUUCUGGCUUGAUUUCCCACAUCUAAAUAACAUAUAUAGAUACAAAACAGAAGAGUACUCCCACACUGCUGUGAACAAAUUCAAUGUCAUCCCGGAUUCAAUUCCUGAUUGGGUGUUUGAUUUCAUGCCAUGCAAGGGAGGCUACUUUCUUGGCAAUGUCAGCCCUGCUAUGAUGGACUUCAGGUGGUUUGCUCUUGGAAACUGUAUUGCCAUUAUAUCAUCUCUAGCUACUCCGGAGCAGUCAUCGGCAAUAAUGGACCUGAUCGAGGAGAGGUGGGAUGAGCUAGUGGGCGAGGUGCCUCUGAAGAUAGUAUAUCCUGCACUUGAGAACCAUGAAUGGAGAAUAAUUACUGGCUGCGACCCCAAGAAUACCCGGUGGAGUUAUCAUAAUGGAGGAUCAUGGCCAGUUCUUCUAUGGCUGCUGACAGCAGCCUGCAUCAAGACCGGGCGGCCACAAAUGGCGAAGCGCGCCAUCGAGCUCUCCGAGGCAAGACUCCUCAAGGACGGCUGGCCCGAGUACUACGAUGGCAAGCUGGGAAAGUUCGUCGGCAAGCAGGCCAGGAAGUUCCAGACAUGGUCCAUUGCUGGCUACCUCGUCGCGCGGAUGAUGCUGGAGGACCCUUCAACGCUCCUGAUGAUCACAAUGGAGGAGGACCGGCCGGUGAAGCCGACAAUGAGGCGGUCGGCGUCAUGGAAUGCCUGAAGAAAGGUUGGGUGGUUGUUCCUCCAAAAAAGAAUUUACUUGCCAAGGGUUGAACAGAAAAAAGCGUCCGGAGUUGGUUGUAAUUGUACUCUGUCAGUUUCGACAGAAGUGUAUACCGUAGAUGCAACUAGAAGUCGCACUACAUUUUCCUUUUGUCGAAAACAGCAAGUCAAGCUUGUGCUUUGGUGAUACCUCAGUUUCGGAAUAAUAUGUUUAUUUUGUACCA